AUAAACUUUUAUGGAGAAUAUUUAAAAUAAUCCCCCUAUCUAUCGACAAGAGUUCUUUAUUUUUAAAGAAUUUCUUGAUGGAAUGAAAGAUAUCUGCAAUAAAUAUUAAUCUUUGUUGCCACAAAUUAAAUCCAUAAGAAAGAGACCAAAAAAAUACAAUAAAAGACCUAAAGACCCACAUGCCCCAAAAAUGCCAUAAUCAGCCUUUAUAUUCUAUUUUAAACAUGUAAAGGAUCGAUUUCAAUAAGAACAUAAAGGUUAGAGAAUUAAUCAUUAUAUAAGGUAAAUAAUUUUAAGAAAUAACCUCAAUGAUUGCAAAAAAAUGGAAUGAAUUAAGUGUUGCUGAACAAGAAGUAAUAUUAAUAAUAAUGUAGCCUUAUGUCAAACUUUCAGAAGCAGAUAGAAGAAGAUAUAACUAGGAAUAAAAACAAUAUUCUGUGAUUACUUAAUAAUAAUUUAGCAAAUAUCUAUAAAGAAAACUUAAAGUUGAACAAUUUGAGAGUGAUUCUUAUAAUGAGGUUGACUAACAAAUUAAACCAAAAUAAGAAGAAGAAGUUGAUGAAGAUUCAUUUGGAGGAAAUCUAAUAUAAAAUUGA